UGGGAGGAGUACUGUACACCUAUUCCUUGCACGCCGGCAAGUUUAAUCCAAAUCGCGAGUUGUGUGUUAGUGUUUUGUGGAAGAAAUUAUAAUAAAUUAUAAUCCUUCAUUAUAAACUAUAAAUUGAUAUUUUAUAAUUUAUAUAAUCAACGUAAAGCCUAAUAACCAAUUGACAACGCUUUCAACGUUUAUUUAUUGUAUAAUUUAUAUAAAUCAUAUACCAAAAAAAAACAAAGAUUGGAUUAAAGCUAAUCAAGACAUGGGCGUGUUAUCCAGGUGUUGGUCUACCGUAGCUUUUAGUUUUACUAUCAGUUUGUCCGUGUAAUGUGUUGAUUGUGGCAAAAUUUAGUUAUGGACGAUGCGACUUUAUGUAAUGAAAAAACGUCUCUGAUAUACAAAAAAUCAUUGAAUUCACGUCGUUGCAAUAUUUUGGCUGGUGUAGUAGCUUUGAUUGUAGUAAUUUCAAUCCUUUUUGUGUUUUCUUUUGUUCAUGAUGAUAUUCCAAAAAGUUCAGAAAUUUUAGAUUCAGAAUUUCCACUGCCACCGUCUAUUAUACCAAUGGUUGUUUAUGAGAACGCUGGUGUAGUAUCUAACGGUGAACCUUGUGCUCAAAUCGGAAAGGAUAUUUUAAAAAAUGGAGGGAAUGCUGUUGACUCUGUUAUUGCAACAUUAAUAUGUGAUGGUGUAUAUUGUCCUGAAUUAAUGGGUUUAGGAGGAGGAUUUUUGAUGACAUUAUAUAAUGCCACUUCUAAAACAGCAAUAUCAAUCAAUGCAAGAGAAUCGGCUCCAGCAAAUGUAAAUGAAACAAUGUACAUUAAUGAUCCGCAUAAGUCUUUAAUUGGAGGUUUAGCGGUUGCUAUACCAGGGGAACUUAAAGGAUAUUGGGAUGUGUAUAAUAAAUAUGGUAGCGGUAACAUUAAAUGGAAAUCAUUAUUUGAGCCAACUAUUAAAAAAUGUGAAGAAGGUAUUGUUGUUAGUCAACGUUUGGCGCUAAUAUUGGCACGAUAUGAAAGUAUUGUGCAAAAUUAUACGGAACUUAGGGAUAAGUUUGUUGAUAAAAAUACCGGUCACGUAAAAAGGGCUGGAGACACUUACAAGUUACCAAAAUUAGCAAAAUCAAUGAGAAUUAUAGCAGAAGAAGGAGGAAAUGCAUUAUACAACGGGUCAUUGACAGCCAAGUUUAUAGAAGAUAUUGCAAAUAACGGAGGAAUUAUUACAGCAGAAGAUUUAGCAAAUUACAAAGUCGAAAUAGAAGAGACGUUCAACGUAACUAUAAAAAACGGUUUUAAACUUUUUGCUGGACCACCUCCAGGUUCUGGUGUAGUGUUGGCUUAUAUUUUAAGAGUUCUUGAUGGGAAGUUACCUGCAUCCAACGAUGGUUUGAAUGCUCAACGGAUAAUAGAAGCUUUUAAAUUUGCUUAUGGUGAACGAACUCAUUUAGGUGACAAAAAUUUUGUGAAUGUUACCGAAAUUUUUGAAAAAAUUAAAUCAGACGAGUACAUGAGUAAAAUUAGAAACAAAAUAAGCGAUAAUUUUACUUCAUUAGAUCCAAGGUAUUAUGGAGCUGAUUUUGCAAUACCUGCAGAUCACGGUACAGCUAAUGUUGUCGUUUUAGAUAAUUUUGGAAACGCGGCUGUUGCUACUAGCACUUUGAAUACAUAUUUUGGUUCUGGUGUUGUUUCUGAAAGUACAGGAAUAAUUUUAAAUAAUGAAAUGGAUGAUUUUUCGACACCAGGAGUCAAUAAUUACUUUGGUAUACCUCCAUCACCAGCUAACUUUAUAAAACCAGGAAAAAGACCAAUGUCGUCGAUGUGUCCUGCAGUAAUAACAGAUGACAAAGGAAACGUUGUGUUAGCUAUAGGAGGAGCAGGAGGGUCAAAAAUAACACUAUCUACAGCUUUUGUUUCUAGUCUUAUAUUAUGGUUUAAUAAAACUUUAAAAGAAGCUGUAGAUGAACCAAGGUUUUAUCAUCAAUUGGUACCAAUGAGAGUUGAUUAUGAAUACGGCGUACUUAGGAAUGUAAUUGAGAAAUUAAAGGAAAUUGGUCAUCCGGUAAAAAGACUUAAAAUAAAUGAAGGUUCAGCCGUCACUGCUAUAUAUAGGACUAAAACCGGUCAAAUAACUGCAAUGUCUGACUUUAGACGACCUGGAAAUACAUCUGGCUAUUAAUAAAUAACUUUAAUUGUUUUUAAAAUUUUACAAGUACAUUUUAGUACAAUUAAAUAACAAAAUAUUGUGAAUCCUUAUUAAUAGUUAACGAUUUGAGUUCCUAGUCUAAUUUAUUUACAAUAAAUAAUUAUAUAUUUGUUAAAUAAUUAAGAAAUCAUUUAACAAAUUUAAUUUUUAAUUAGUAAAAAAUUAUCAACAAUAACUGAUAAAACAAAUUAUAUUCUACAUUAUUAUAUGCUGUUAAUCUU